AGGCAGCAGAGUGAGUUAAUUCUGAAAUCUGUUCAAUUUAUUUUUGCAUUUUAAGAAGAAUUUUCCUCCCCCGACCAGACUAAAAGUGGACUCCAGAAUUGAGGAUCAUAAAGAGAGAAGGUGAAAUGUGUCUCAUCUUCGGACGGGCAGGUACUUUUCUGAUGGAUUUCGUAGGUGAUCUGGUCACAUUGACAUGACGACUUGAGUUACCUUGGUUGUGUGCGUUGGAGAUAGUGUGCAUUAAACGCCAUGCUGCUGUUUUGGGAGCUGAUAUUCCUUACCCUGCUGCCAGUUGCGAUGGAAACUGGAAGUGCCAAUCAUGCCAAGAGACGGCACCAGCCCCCUGCAGCUCAAGAGGUCAAGCAGGAAAGUCGAUCAGAGAGCAAAAGAUCAGAUUCAACCAAAGUUCAUUUAACAAAAUCUGAACAACUCCUUCGAGUAGAUGACCAUGAUUUUGCAAUGAGACCUGGAUUUGGAGGUCCGGCAGUAACAGUUGGUAUAGAUGUCCAGAUUGAAAGCAUUGACAGCAUUUCUGAAGUUGAUAUGGACUUUACGAUGACUUUAUACCUAAGACAUUACUGGAAAGAUGGCAGACUUGCUUUUCCAAGUUCCAACAACAGAAGUAUGACAUUUGAUGGAAGAUUAGUCAAGAAAAUUUGGGUUCCAGAUGUAUUUUUUGUUCACUCUAAAAGAUCCUUCAUACAUGACACCACUAUGGAGAAUAUCAUGCUAAGGGUGUAUCCAGAUGGCCACAUCCUCUACAGCCUAAGGACAACUGUCACUGCUAUUUGUUCAAUGGAUUUUAGCAACUUUCCUCUUGAUACUCAGAACUGCUCAUUGGAACUUGAAAGUUAUGCCUAUAAUGAAAAAGAUCUUCUGCUUCACUGGAAGAAUGAAAAUGAACCACUUAAAACAGAUGAGCAGAUAUUACUUGCUCAGUUUUUCAUACAAGAAUUCCGUGCUUCAAGUGGACUUGCUUUUUACAGCAGUACUGGUUGGUACAACAGAUUGUUUAUUAAUUUCAUUCUAAGGAGGCACAUUUUCUUUUUUCUUUUACAAACCUACUUUCCAACCAUGCUAAUGGUCAUGCUGUCUUGGGUUUCCUUCUGGAUUGACAGAAGAGCAGUCCCAGCGCGUGUUUCAUUGGGAAUUACAAUUAUUCUAACAAUGACGACAAUUAUAACUGGAUUGAACGCAUCUAUGCCUCGAGUAUCCUAUGUUAAAGCUGUGGAUAUCUACCUCUGGGUCAGCUUUCUCUUUGUUUUCUUUUCUAUAAUUGAAUAUGCGGCUGUAAAUUAUAUAACCACUGUUGAAGAAAGGAUGAAAAUGAAAGCGAGAGAGAAGUUUUCAGAUUCCUUUAGGUUGAAUCAGACGCAAAUAAUGGCUUUCGAUGGUUGCUAUCAUGACAGUCAACUGGAUCUGUCACACUACGGUGAAGCUCACUUAAAUGUAUCAAAUACUGAAGCUAGUGAACACCCAACCGGCCCAAAUCCAGGCGGUCCACAGUUAAGAAAAAGGAAAUCAGUUAAGGGUAACAUUGUUGAAAUGAUUAUAAAAAACAAUCAUGCUAUUGACACUUACUCAAGAGUUUUAUUUCCUUCAGCGUUUAUUCUUUUUAAUUUCAUUUACUGGUGCUUAUUUUCAUAAACUUUAAUCAUUCCCAAACAUUUAUUUUUUCUGGAAUGUAUGCGGAGGUCU